AUGGCCUUGAGUUGCCGGGCGAUCCAGGGCUCUCUAAAAGAUACGAGGAAACCCAGACAGUAUAAGCUACGGAGCGAAUUCAGCGGCCAGCCCGGGUCACCCACUGCGGGCCGGGGGCGGGGGCGGGGCCGGCCCCACCCGGGAGAAGCCAGGGGGCCGCGAGGCCUCGGGUUAGGAAAUGUGACCCUGGCGACCCCAAACGCCCCCGCCCCUCUCGCUCGCUGCUGCACCUGCCCGCGGAGCGCGCCGAGCCGCCGACAGGGAAGCCGGCUUAGCCCCGCGCCCUUAGUGGCCUCCAUCAGCCACCAAAUGGUGGCUCUGCAGAUUCUGCAGCUGCUGCAGCAGGAGUGGGGCUGAGGGGACGGUCCGAGCGACCCCGGGAGCCCGCGCGAUCCAGACCGCGUGUCCGCCGCCCCAGCGCGUCGCAUAGGCAGGCCCUCGGCCGGCCGGGCCUGUCCUGGGGCGCCAGGAUGGGGGGAGGGCAGGAAUGGGGGUUCUGGCGCGCGGGUCAGCUCCCCAGAAGCGGAAACGGUGCGAGGCGCCGAGGGGGGCGCGGACUGCACCCUGGCCCAGAUGGGCAUGCGCAGCGCGCUGGCCCGCGUGGUGGCCUCGACCUCGGAGCUGGUCAGCGUGGAGCAGACGCUGCUGGGCCCCCUCCUGCAGGAGAGGUCCUUCCCCAACCCUCCGAAGGAUAGUGUUGAGUUUAGACACAUCUGCAGUCAUUUGGCUCUACAAAUUCAAGGACAACAGUUUGACAGAGAUCUGGGUACUGCCCACCGGUGUUUGAAGACAAUAGUCAUGAAGCUGAUUCAGUCACUUGCUAAUCUUCCUUCAGAUGUCCUCAUGGUAGCCUGUGCUUCUUUGAGACAGAUCUUACAGAAUCUCCCAGACGCAUGGAUGCUCAAGACACCAGAAUUAGAACCACAGCCAGUACUGCUAAGAGGACUGGGUACCUGA